AUGAAAUUUUCUUUCCUGAUUUUAUUCCUCAACAUUUCUCUCUCAAGUUCUGACAACUUCGAGGAUAAACUCAUGGAAUUUGAACAAUUAAGACUUGGCGGAUUUCUUGAAUAUGUACGAUUUUUCAACGAUAAACCUGAAAGGCUCACAAAUUACACCGAUUUACUCAAAGAAAAUGUGGAUUAUUUGAACUAUAAGAUUUUCGAAUUCAUCAUGAAAAAUGAAACCGCUAAAGCUCUCAAGUUUUUUGCUCCAGAUUUUAUUUAUAUUGAGAGAGGAACCCCGGAAACUGUCUCAAGGUUAUUUGAAACAAUUCGAAAAUAUUCGAAAUAUUUAACUUUUCCCGCUUCGAAAUUAUUUCAUGUCAAUUACACCAUUUCGGAAUCUCAAUUUUCUUCGCUGAAACUCGAAUAUUAUGUGCAUUUUGGAACGAAGGAAUGCAAAACUAUCACUGAAAAUAUUGAAAAACGCCCAGGUUUUCAUAUAUUUCUCACUUCUGUUGAUCUAAAAUGCCGGGAAGUUUGGAUUUGCCCAAAUUGUUAAUUUUUAUUCUAUAAAAAAAAAUAAAGUGAUGAAAUGCAGACACAUUUAUCAAUGCAAUUUUGAAGCGAAGCGCUCGUGGCCUCCUUAGCUCAGUUGGUAGAGCGUGAGACUUUUAAUCUUAAGGUCAGGGGUUCGAGUCCCCUAGGUGGCUUGAUUUUUUGGUUUUUCUCAUGAUUUAUUUGUUUUUCGAUUUUAUCAGACAGAUUCCAAAUCAUUUUCAAAUUCCAAAUGUUGAAAUUUCUCCCGCUUCUAAUUUUGAUGAUAAAACUAGUCGAUUCACAACCAGAUGUUCUUAGAUUAGUCGCAAGUUUCUCUCAGUCAAUAUAUCUCAAAAAUUACAAACUUUUUCGAGAAGUAGUUGCGCCAAUUUACUCAAUAGUUGAUGUAAAUGGAACGAGAAAAUCGAUGUCGAGAUCAUUUAUUUUCUAUCGAGCAAAAAUGGCGCCUGGAGAUAUUUCAUUAAGAGAAUUAACACUUUACGGAAGGAAAAAAUCAACCGAAAAUGAAGGGGAAUUUGAAAGUAAAGCGCUUGUAUCUAGGAACGGUUGCGAAAUGUACAUUUAAGUUCAGAAAAUAUGGAACUCAAUAUAAAAUCUUCGAAGAAGUUCACACUUCAAUAAACCCAGAUCAUCAAUAUCCGAGAAGUUCAAUAUUUAUAAAUGAUAGUGCAAUUGAUAAAAAUGAAUUUGCUUGGAAUAUCGCAAAACAUCUAACAAAAGGUUAUGAGAAAUGUAUAAGAUACAAAAAUCGAGAAUUACUAUCAAAAUUUUUGAAAACCCCUUAUCAAAUAACUUUCACUGAUCACUGGAGAAACAUUCAUGUCCAAGAAUAUCCGAAUCAUGAGAUGGUUAAUAGUUAUGUUCAAGUAAAUGGUAAAGUUCCAAUCGGCUCAUUUAUUAUCACUAGAGCGAUUUUGCAUUCGAAUUGGAGUGUAGAGUUUGAUGCGCAUUAUAAUCAUUUGAGAAAUACAUUUUUGGCUGAAACUGCGUGGCAUGGUUAUAUGAUUGUGUCGGAGAUACAAAACGCUGUUGUUGUGCAUAGUAAACCUGUUUUUGAUGGGUUGAAUCUUAUGGAGGGAAAUUAUAAAUACAUUUUUGAUAUUGGAUAA